CUCCAAGGGGCGGCAAGGAAAAAGGAUUAGCCAUGUCGUCUUUGAUCAGAAAGGUGAUCAGCACCGCGAAAGCCCCAGCGGCCAUUGGUCCCUACAGUCAGGCUGUGUUAGUCGACAGGACCAUUUACAUUUCAGGACAGCUAGGCAUGGAUCCUGCAAGUGGACAACUUGUGCCAGGAGGGGUGGCAGAAGAGGCUAAACAAGCUCUUACAAACAUGGGAGAAAUCCUGAAAGCAGCAGGCUGUGACUUCACGAAUGUGAUAAGAACAGCUGUUUUGCUGGCUGACAUAAACGACUUCAAUACUGUCAAUGACAUCUACAAGCAGUAUUUCUAGAGUAGUUUUCCUGCAAGAGCUGCUUACCAGGUUGCUGCUUUGCCCAAAGGAGGCCGUGUUGAGAUUGAAGCAGUAGCUGUCCAAGGACCUCUCGUGACAGCAUCGCUCUAAGUGGGCCCCGUGUUAUUUAGUCUGGAAUUUUAAUAAUGUUUUUAAAUUAACAUCUUAAUUUUUACAGUAUUUGUUGCAAAGUGUAAGGUUGACUGAAA